CAUCUACUGACUCCAUAGGUUGCAUAAUCGCUGUGGAGUCGGCUUGGUAUGAAUAGUGGGAGAAAGAGGGUUUCUUCAAACCCCAAUUCAAAGCCGAUGGAUCCGUAAAGGAUGAGGGACAUUUCACCAUCGUUAUCCCGCCACCUAAUGUUACAGGAGCAUUGCACAUGGGUCACGCGCUGGGCAACUCGCUGCAGGACGUCAUGAUUCGAUGGGCCCGUAUGCAUGGUAAAAAUACAUUGUGGCUGCCUGGCUGUGACCACGCCGGCAUAGCCACCCAAAUUGUGGUCGAAAGGCGACUGAAGAAGGUCGAGAACAAGAUCCGUCAUGUUUUGGGCCAGAAAGCCUUUAUCAACCGCGGUUGGGAAUGGAAAGGCGAAUAUCACACUAAGAUCAACAAGGCGCAACGCAAGAUGGGUGGUUCGACCGAUUGGUCUCGCGAGGCUUUCACCAUGGACCCCAAUCUUUCGGCCGCCGUUGCUGAAACCUUCGCCAAACCCCACGAAGAAGGCAUCAUCUACAGAGCCAACCGCCUGGUCAACUGGUCAAAUGAGCUGACCACUGCUGUCUCAAAUCUAGAGGUUAACAACAAGGAUGUCGAGGGACGCACCUUGCUAGAAGUCCCGGGUUACACGAGCAAGAUUGAGUUUGGUGUCGUUAUCCACUUCAAGUAUCCCGUUGAGGGCAGCGGUGAGUUCAUUGAGGUCGCGACGACGCGUGUCGAGACCAUGCUAGGUGACACGGGCAUCGCCGUUCACCCUGACGAUUCGAGAUAUUCUCACCUCCAUGGCAAAUAUGCUAUCCACCCUUUCAUUGAAGGAAGAAAAAUGCCUAUUGUCGCUGACACAUACGUUGAAAAGGAUUUCGGCACAGGCGCCGUCAAGAUCACUCCUGCGCAUGACCCCAACGAUUUUGCUCUUGGACAGCGACACAACAUCGAGCUCAUCAAGCCUCAAACUGCCGAGAAUAGCUAGUUUAGAUGGAUGGAGGAUAUCAAUGACUGGUGUCUGUCUCGUCAGCUCUGGUGGGGACAUCAAUGCCUUGUCUAUUUCGCUCAUGUCGAGGGGGAGACAAACGAUGAAUUUGAUGGGAAGAUGUGGUUCCCAGGCCGCACGGAGGAGGAGGAGGCGCACAUCAAGGCUUCCAAGGCCCU